AUGGAGCCAAACCCACGUGACAACGACAAGGAACUGCGCACGACUCUACAACCAGUCCCAACCACAUCGGCAUCGGCUACCACAUUGAACAACCCAAGACCGGAAGUGCACAUUGAUCCCUCAAUAAAGGCGUACAUCGACGAGUCAAUCCGUUCAUCGACCACAUCAAUCAUCGGAUCCUUCAAGCAAUAUAUCGAUUCCCAGUUCGACAAACAGAGGCUGUGGAACGAACAACUUCAAGCAAACAUCAACAAUAUAUUGGUUCAAGCAACACGAGCCAGUGCCGACACUGAGACUGCGGCACCACACAGCAGCGUAGCACCAACUGAGCAUACAACACCACAACAGCAGCCACAGAAACCGGUCAACUCUGCCAGCGCUCCACCAACUGGCAAAGGAAAAGAGACGGCUCAACCCAUUGGUAAGUAUCCUCCAACUCCUGUACUAAACGAUCUUAUCAUGAGAGCAUCCAGAGUUACCCUUCAAGGCCAGGACACCACGACACCACCAAGCACGCACCUAGCUGCAACAUCUACAAACUC